AUGCCCGGUCCCGUAGAUCCUACGACGCCGACAGAACCGUCAUCACCGAGGCACUCCCCGCGCAUCGAGCUCCCCGAGGAAGAUGCUGGAGCCUCCCCGCGGACGGAUGGCCAGACUAGCCCCGGGCUAAGGAACAGCAAAGGAUGGGACGGUAAGCUCAGGGUCCAGCGGACUGCCGUCCUCGCCAACCCCGAGGUUCUCUCCGACCCAGAAUCAGACGACGAGAACGUCCUUCCGGAUCUCCUCGACGGUGAAGACCCAGAAACAGACGAGCUCAUCGUCUCCCACGCCCGCGUCUCCUCCAUCCCUGCCCUCCGCCUCGACCGCUUCCGCAAGGUCGUCCGCCUCUGCCUCCGCCAGAACUCGAUCCAGUCCAUCGAUGGCCUCGCCGCCCUCGCGCCCACCCUCGAGGACCUCGACUUUUACGACAACCUCAUUUCCCACGUCCGUGGCCUUGAAGACCUCGUCAACCUCACCUCCCUCGACCUUAGCUUCAACAAGAUCAAGCACAUCAAGCGCAUAAACCACCUCACCAAACUCAAGGAGCUCUUCCUCGUCGCCAACAAAAUUUCCACCAUCGAGAACCUCGAGGGCCUCGACAACCUCACCUCCCUCGAGCUCGGCUCCAACCGCAUCCGCGUCCUCCAGAACCUCGACCCCCUCAAGGCCCUCGAGGAGCUUUGGGUCGCGAAAAACAAAAUCACCGAGCUCACAGGGCUAGGCGGCCUCGCCAACCUUCGCCUCCUUAGCAUCCAGUCGAACCGCAUCCGCGAUCUGGCGCCCCUGGCCGAGGUGCCCGGCCUUGAGGAGCUCUACAUCUCACACAACGCUCUCACCUUCCUCGCCGGCAUCGAGAAGAACGAGAAGCUGCGCGUGCUCGACAUCUCCAACAACGCCGUCGCGAGCAUCAAAGGUCUCGCACCCCUCAAGAACCUCGAGGAGCUCUGGGCCAGCUACAAUCAGAUUGGCGACUUCAACGAGGUCGAGAAGGAGCUAAGGGACAAGGAGCACCUGACGACGGUGUACUUUGAGGGUAACCCGCUACAACUUAGGGGACCCGCGGUGUAUCGCAACAAAGUCCGUCUGGCGUUGCCCCAACUAUCCCAGAUCGACGCAACCUUUGUCAAGACAUCAUGA